AUGGAGAAAGACAUCACUCUUGAUGGUGAUGAAGUACCCAAGCGUAAGUUUCCUCCUCUUUUUGAUUAUAAACCGGUACCUCCUUUUCCUAAUGCUUUAGUAGGUUCUAGGAAAGAUGAGCAAUUCAAAAAUUUUUAUGAAACUUUCCGUAGAUACGAGGCAAAUAUUCCCCUUUUUAAUGCUCUUAAACAAAUUCCUUAUUAUGCUAAAUUCUUGAAAGAAUUAUGUAAACAUAAAAGGAAACAGAAACUAAAAGGAUGUGAGAAGGUGAGAGUAGGGGAGAAUAUUUCUACAGUCAUUAAAAAACUCCCUACGAAGUACAAGGAUCCAGGUAUGUUUACUAUCCCCGGCAUGAUAGGUAACACUAGAAUUGAAAAGGCCAUGUUAAACUUAGGAGCUUCUAUUAAUGUCAUGCCAUAUUCUAUAUAUGCUUCUAUGGAACUUGGACCUUUGAAUAAGACUGGUGUAGUGAUUCAAUUGGCUGAUAGAUCGAAUGCCUAUCCUAAGGGUAUAGUUGAGGAUGUUCUUGUGAAAGUAAAUGAUUUGGUUUUUCCUACGGAUUUUUAUGUGCUUGAUAUGGAUAAUGGUGAUCAAACCACUCUUAUUCUGCUAGGAAGACCAUUCUUAAAAACAUCCAAGACUAAGAUAGAUGUUUAUAGUGGCACACUCACCAUGGAAUUUGAUGGUAAGAUUGAAAUCUUCAAACUUAAUGAAAAUGAUGGACUAGAAGUCUCCAUUAGUAAACAUCUUGAGAAAGAGGAGCCAAUGCUCAAUGCUGAUUUGCAGAAAACUGUUGCAGCAUUGAAUGAUUCUCCAGACUUACAACAGUCAGGUAAUGCUCCUUAUGUUAUAUUGCCAAUUUCUGACAGGAGACAUUUACCCUCUAUUUUGCAGGCCCACAUUCCAGAAUUGAAGCCUCUCCCUAAUCACCUCAAGCACGUAUUCCUUGGAGACGGAGAGACAUUACCAGUGAUCAUCUCUAGUAGCCUUAGCACACCACAAGAAGAGCAGCUUGUGUAG